GCAACUUCCCUGGGUGUUCAGAGUUCAGAGUACAAAUAAAGUUUGUUUGGUUUUACGUGACGUUGAGUACGCCAGUUGCGCAUGCGUGGCUACGGUUCGCACGUGAAGCAGACAGCAUGGCUGAGGAAAGAGAAAAUGUGUUAGACCGGGCACAGGUGAAAAAGGCCGUCCAGGCUUUGCAGGCUUUCCUGAAAACCAAGUCGACCAGUGACUCCUUGUUCCUGGACGAGACUCAGCAGAUCAGCCUGCUCUUCACCCUCUGGAAGAUCCCCAAAGAGGCACAGACCAUCCGCAUUCCCUUGCCUCAUGGCCAGCGGUCUGACAUAGACGAAGUUUGCCUCUUCACCAGAGAUGAGCCCAACAUGACCGCAGAACAGACCCAGAGGUUUUAUAAGAAGCUGCUGGCGGAGAAGGGAGUCAAAAACAUCACUGAGAUCAUCCCAUACAAGGUCCUGAGGACGGAGUACAAACCGUAUGAAGCCAAGCGCCGGCUGCUGGGGAACUUUGACAUGUUCCUUUCUGACGACCGCAUACGCCGGUUACUGCCAUCCCACCUUGGGAAACAUUUCUACCAGAGGAAAAAAGAGCCGCUAGCUGUAAACCUGCAGAGCAAACAACUGGCCAAAGACAUCCACAGAGUCAUCCAGGGCACUAGCUUGAAGGUUACCAACAAGGGCUGCUGCUGCAUGGCACGUGUUGCCCACUCCGGCAUGACUGCAGAUGAGGUGACGGAAAACAUCGAGGCUGCUGUCCAGACAGCAGUGGCCAAACUACGCACGAAAGGACCAGUCAUGAAGCUCAUCCAUAUAAAGAGUCAAACGUCAGUGGCCCUGCCCAUCUUCACGUCAGACCUGAGCCACCUCAGCGUGCUGGAGGAGGCAGGGAAACAUGCUCAGACUCCCAAGAAAGAGGGAGCUGCAGCCAAAAAGCAGGCAAAAAAGAACAAGACAGAGGACAUAAAGCAAACAGAUACCACUGUGGAGGGAGAGGAAGAAAUCCCACAGCUUGUUCCCAUAGCAACACCUAGCAAAAAGCCUAAACUGGAGAAGCCAUCCAAAAAGAAGCAGCUGGAGAAAGCACCCAAACCUGCUGUAUUGAAGAAAGGAAAAAAGGCACAGAGCAAACGGACCAAGAAGGCCGGCAAGACUGACUCCAAAGUAAAAAGGAAAGUGCCUAAAGUGAAAUGAUUCUCAGCAGAGCACCUUUGCACAUUACCUUCUCAACAUGGACAUUUUACACAGUACACAGGACCAGAUCUUUCAUAGAAUGGUCAAUAUAUUCAGUCUGUUUUGUCUUUGUUUUUUUUUUUUUGCUUGAAUGAAUCAGAUUAUAAAUUUUGUUAUUUGAAAUCUGUGGCUAUGUUGUGUUCUCUGAAUUCUUUGUAACAUUAGGCCCUUUUCCCAGCAGACAUUUUUAUCAUAGCAGGAAAAGCCUUAAACUAGCCCUAAUUUUGUUAACGAUGGCUCUGUUUCAUUUAAGUGUAUGUGUAAGCCAUGGCAGUGAGCCAUCAUACAUAGUUGCAGGGACCCUGAUACUAGUAAAGCUAAAUGGAGUGCAGCCCUUAAUGAUAUUGAUUAUACCUGUGGUUUUCCUGCUAUGUCAAAAUGUGUGUGAAAAACACCUAUAAAAUGCUUAUGAUGGUUUGGCCAGUGACUAUUCAUAUCUAGUAAAAGUGGUGAUUUCUA